AGGCAACACUGGAUAACUUCUCCCAUCUGUCCCUCCCACUAUCCUACCAAAUACCAACAACGCACCAACAGGAGAGAGAGAGAGGGAGAGAGAGAGAGAGAGAUAUGGGGGGCUUGGCUUGGUUUGGUUUAUCGUUUCCUACCACCACGCACUAGAGAUGUGGUUUCCUUGUCUAGAUUUGGCUGAGAAACCCUCCUCCACCCACUCCCCAUUACCCACCAACCCUUUUCUCCCUUUUUUCCCUUAAACAUUACUCUGUAGUUAUAAAUAGAUAUACGUUUCCAUAUGCAAUAGUGGACAUUAUAUAUAUACCUGUUAUCUGUAUUCUGCUCCGAGAUGCUCAUUUAGCCUCUCUGUGUUUGCUCUUCUUCUCGAAAAACAAGAAGUAGAAGAAUUGCCGCAUAGUAAUAUAUAUACAAUUAAGAUGAGAGGAGGGAAUUUGUGGCAACUUGGGCAAUCAAUCACUCGCCGACUUGCUCAAGCUGAUAAGAAGGCCAUAACUCGACGAUCCUUUGCCUCAGAAGCUGAACUGAAGAAGACAGUUUUAUAUGAUUUCCAUGUUGCUCAUGGUGGCAAGAUGGUCCCUUUUGCUGGGUGGGGCAUGCCCAUUCAAUACAAAGACUCAAUCAUGGACUCAACUUUGAACUGUAGGGAAAAUGGUGGAUUAUUUGACGUCUCUCAUAUGUGUGGGCUGAGCCUCAAGGGAAAGGACUGCAUCCCGUUUCUUGAAAAACUGGUUGUCGCCGAUGUUGCUGGGCUUACCCCUUUAACUGGGACCCUCACUGUCUUCACGAAUGAGAAGGGCGGGGCAAUUGAUGAUUCAGUGAUCACCAAGGUCACGGAUGACCACAUAUACCUAGUGGUGAAUGCAGGGUGCAGAGAUAAGGAUCUUGCGCACAUUGAGGAGCAUAUGAAGGCAUUCAAGGCCAAAGGUGGAGAUGUCAGCUGGCACAUUCAUGAUGAGAGAUCUCUACUGGCUCUUCAGGGUCCUCUUGCGGCACCAGUUCUUCAACACCUGACGAAGGAGGAUUUGAGCAAGAUAUACUUUGGAGAGUUCCGAAUGUUGGACAUUAAUGGGGCCCACUGCUUCCUUACUAGGACAGGGUACACUGGUGAAGAUGGUUUUGAAAUCUCAGUUCCGUCCGAGAAUGCAGUAGAUCUUGCCAAAGCAAUCUUAGAGAAAUCCGAAGGAAAAGUAAGGCCAACUGGGCUAGGUGCUAGAGACAGCCUCAGGCUCGAAGCUGGACUCUGUUUAUAUGGUAACGACAUGGAACAACACAUAACCCCUGUGGAAGCAGGACUCACGUGGGCCAUAGGAAAGAGAAGAAGAGCCGAAGGCGGAUUUCUAGGCGCCGAAGUAAUCCUCAAACAAAUCGAAACUGGCCCGUCGAUCAGGCGUGUCGGCUUUUUCUCCUCAGGUCCACCUGCCAGAAGCCACAGCGAGAUUCAAGAUGAGAAAGGGACUAGCCUCGGUGAAGUCACCAGUGGAGGAUUCAGCCCCUGCCUUAAAAAGAACAUAGCUAUGGGGUACGUGAAGUCUGGGUCCCACAAAGCGGGUACAAAAGUCAAGAUUGUGGUUCGUGGGAAGUUGUAUGACGGAAAUGUCACGAAAAUGCCUUUUGUACCCACUAAAUACUACAAGCCGUCUUGAUUUUGUUGUUCGGUGCUUGCCUCAAUAGAUUUCCCAGUUGGUUCCUCGGCUUGAAUUGUUGCUAUGAAACCUGAAAGCAGCUCCAAGGCUAAUAUUUUUCUUCUAUUGUUAUACAAUGAUUUUCUUAUCUAAAUUUGAAGUGCAUGUGUUGUGUUUCACAUGUUUCUAGUGUCAUCAAUGUGGAUGCUACCUUGUGUUUUGCAUAUGAAGAAAUAGAAAUCAAUCCUGCUUAUUUUCA